AACCGAAAGACCUCAUAAUCGGAGAAUACUUGCAAAAAAAAGUGUUCAUAGAUGACGACCAAUAUUUGGAGCAAGUAGUGCAUUUAUUGCAAAUCCUUUAUGGAUUGAAUAGGUAUUGGGCUUCUUUGUAUUCCUCGUUGGACCACAAAUUUAUUAUUGACCCAAAGAUGUUCGUGAAUCCUUCUAUCGACCGUCUGGUGCUCGAUUCUUUGACAGAUCCUCUCAAUAUGCUUGUGCGAAGCUACCCCGAUUGGAUGUUUUGGAUCACGUCGUGUCCUUACCAUUUAUCGUAUAAAACUAAGAAACUGGCAUUCAGUGUGGUGGCUUUGGACAGACAUCGAGCCUUCAGAGCCGUGAUGGAUUAUUAUAAAGAAUAUUCUGAUGCACUGAUAUUUGAUAAUCGAUAUCCGUUGAUACAAAUGGACAGAGGGUUGGUUCUGGAUGAGUUUCGUGAGGCGCUGCUACAUACCGAUUCGUUUUCCACUUGGAACGUCCUCUUCUUUGGAGAAAAUGGUUCUGGUGUUGGUGUUAAAAGAGAGUUAUAUUCAGAAGUCGGAAAGGAAUUGCAGAAAGAGAAGUAUAAAUUAUGGACGAAAUCGAGUGUGACUAGGACCGGGUAUAUUCACUCCAGAGAACUAUAUCCAGAUUUCUAUAUGGGUAACAAAAAAGGGAAAGGAGUUGGUUUCGAAAAUGCAUCAAUAGAAGAAAAAUUCCAUAUAAUUGGUCAAAUAAUGGCUAAGGCAUUAAUGGAAGGGCAUUUAUUAGACUUACCCUUAUCACUGCCAGUGUUCAAAUGGCUUCUGAUAGAAGAGUCGCAAUUAACUAUAUACGAUUUGAAACACGUCAGUGAGGAACUUUUCAAAACACUCUUACCUAUCAAAGAAAUGAUCCAAGAAGAGAAGAGGAUUUCGAAUAAUCAAAGCCUAUCUCCAAAAACUAGGAACAAUUUAUUGAAGAAGUUGCAUGAUGAAUGGGAAACUGUAGAAUCUUAUCAUUUGGUCUUCGUGGUACCUAAUCAUGACGUGGAAUUAAUUCCUGGCGGAAGGGACAUUGUAGUGACCAGACAUAAUGCCGCCCUAUAUAUCGAGAAAAUUGAAAAAUUUCUUCUGCAUAAAGGUGUAGAAAAAGCAAUGGUGGCAUUAAGGACAGGCUUCCAUAAGAUGAUAAAUCUAGAUUACCUCCAAAUAUUCGAACCGUCGGAAUUGCAAUCCCUCAUUUGCGGCGAGGAAAACGAUAAGUACUGGACAUUGCCCCAUUUGGAGAUAAACGUUGAACUAAGCGGAUUCGGGAUCGACAGCCCUGAAGUACAGCAGUUGUUCUAUAUCCUGUCCACAAUGAGUAAGGAAAGAAGGCAAAAAUUCCUGGAGUUCGUGACGGCUUGUCCUCGUUUACCAGCUGACGGUUUCGCUGGCCUUACCCCAGCUUUCACUGUGAAGCGUACAACCGUUUAUCCUUUCGCUCAAACCUGUUUCCAUACCCUUCACUUGACUGUUGGAAUAAGCAAGGAGCAGUUGGAAACAUUUAUUGAGGUGGCUUUAAUUCACGGAGUAGGUUAUUUUGGUAUUGUAUGAGCGGGUCAAGUGGCAGAUGUGCCACUUCAUCAUCAUUUCCUCAAUAAGGAACAAGAAAAUGAUGAUCCUCACAUCCAAUAUUGCUGAAGGUUUCAAUAGAAAGCGGAAGGAAUACAAAAAAUACCAGAAUCUUGAAAAAAAUUGGAUAUAAAAUCCGUAUCAGUUUGCAGAAAUAAGCAUUAUCAGGAAUUUUUCUACAUCUUAAGAGGAGUUUUUAUACCACGGGACUUUCUCGCCAUCCGUUUCAGCCGUAAAUGGGGUGAAAGACUACCAGAAUGUGAGAUGUUGCCAGUACACUUGAACGAGCAGUAGUUGUUGCGACUAUUACAAUAGUUUCCACUAUCGUCGAAAAGAUGGCAGCACUUAACGAAGCCUUUUCUCAAUUUCAGCAGGUUUGGAAUUGUAGCCACUGGCGAGACUUUUCGAGAAAUUUUUUUAUGUGGAAAUUCAUUGAAAAAACUCAUUUCACCUCUGAAAGUGAACAACAUGAAUGACCAUUUGUUCUUCAAUUGAAAAAUGUUUCUAUUUUUUCCGUUUGACGAAUAAAAAUAUUUCUGGCGUUCCGAGCUGACCAACUGAUUUUAUUGAAUUACAAUGGAAACCCCAUAUAACUAAGUGGACAUACCAUUUUCCUUUUUGAACUGACCACUGAAACGGUGUAGACCCCUCUUAAUCGAUUACUUUUUCAAACAUAGCUAGCUCUAAUGAGAAAUUCAUGGAAUGAAAAAUACUAUUGAAUUUAUAGUGUGAUAUGAAUCUUUAGAACAAACUGAAAUUUGCUUGUUGUAUUAUUAAUUUAUUGUGCAGGUGUUAAAACGAAAGUCCAAUAUGCUGCAAUG